AGAAUUUAGUUAUUUUAAAUGGAACACCCUAUAAUAUUUUAUUACAUUAAUGGAUCGUCCUUAAAAUCCUACAUACUUAACUUAAGUUAGGUACUAAACCCUUAUACUUCCAAAUGCUAAAGAAAACAUCUCAAAUAUUCUCAAAAUUACGACGCACUAAAUUUGAUUUUUUAUGACACAAAUUACAAAAUUUCAAAUUAUUAUUGGCUUAUUAUAGGCAGUGUUGUCAAGUCUCCUCAUCUCGGGCAUCAAAAUCUAACUUGUUGCUUUUCAAUAUGCGUAUGCAACUCUUCCAGUUCGCUUUUCAAUCUGUCAAAUAUACCCGUCAAACUAAAACAGAAAAAAAAAAUUGGCAAUACUGUUUUUUAUACACUGUUGCGGUGUUUACUUUUUCCUAUCCGCAUCCGGUUCUGGAACGGUUUCAGUGCAAGUUUCGCGCGUUUUAAUUUCAUGGCCUACUUGGAUUCCAAUAGAUUUUUUAUUCUGGAAAAUAAUUGAAACAAUUUAAUUAUUAUUGGGUAAAUAAAUAUAUUUUGCCUAAUAAAAAUUGACCACCGGAUUUAAGUCCGUGUGAGGAAACCGUUUAGCCUCAAAAUCUAGAUAAUUAUUAUUACAAGGCGACUUAAAUUUUUAUUGCGAUAAUCGAUGGCGAUUUUGUAAUGACAAAUUGCCGCUAUAAAUAAUUAUGAUAAUUGGUAAGUAGUUUAACUUGAAUACUACUGAAUUGUUCUAAAUAUUAAUUUGUAAAAUUUAAUCAAUGUCAUUUACAAGGAAAUUGAGUUUUCUAUAAAAAAUUAAUUUAACAAAAUUUGAUCGAUUUUAUAUCGAUUUUAAUAUUUUCAAUAAUAAUAUGAAAGUUCCUAUCGAAUUCCCAAAAAAACGUCCCCUAACUUUUUUUUUUCUAACCGAAAAAAGUCUGUCUAUUUUGCAUAAUAAAUUAAAACCGCACAAAAUCGAAUUGGCCAUGGCAAACGUACAAAGCGUGUCGGCUUUUAUAAAUAUAAUGUCGAAAAUCGAGAAAAAAAUGGAUUUGUUAUCCGUAAUCUGGUGCGAAACGAUCGAGACAGUGAUGACGUGAUGCUGAAAAUGCAUCUUUUAUCGAUAGCUUUUAGUGUUUUGGUGAUCGGUUCUAGUGCGCAAAAUUCUAGUGACAUUAUAAGUGAUACAAAUGACCAGAAUCGUGAUAAAAGGACUAUUGGAGCUAUCUUGGGAGGAGUUGCUGACUUAUUUGGGUAAUUGCUGGACUAGUUGUAAUAAAAAGUGUUUUUAAAAUUAUUAAUUUUUUUAGAUACGAUCUCCAACGUCGACCGUCUCCACUUGAUGCCGGUCCAGUUUUAGCUAGGCAGAUGGCGCCACCACCUGCUGCACCAGCGCCACCUGCUGCAGCAGCACCACCUGCAGCCGCAGCUGGGGGUCUGCCUAACUUACCAGCUACUUUAACCGACGGAGUGAGGCGAGCUUUUCAAUUGGGUGUCAACUGGAGUAAUCAGAGACAACAGUUGGGUGGUGCUGCUCCUGCACCAGCUCCAGCUCCACCUCCAGCUGCACCAGCGCCACCUCCACCAGCGCCACCUGCACCAGCACCAGCUCCACCUGCACCACAAGGUUUUCGACAAGCGUACACUGUCGGUUUCAAUUGGCAAAACUUGAGACAACAAUUAGGAGGUGCGCCACCACCAGCAGCUCCACCAGCAGCAGGUGCAGCUGUAGCACCGGCCGCUCCACCGGCUCCACCUCCGCCACAAGGCUUCAGACAAUCCUAUCUAGUGGGCCUGGAUUUUUCUAACCAACGACAACAGCUAGGUGGACCACCUCCACCUGCACCUCCGCCUCCGGCAGCUGCUGCCGCUCCACCUCCACCCGUGCCACCUGCUGGCAUAGCCAAUUUGCGACAAGUACCGACUUUGGUCGAGCGUAUUUAUUUCGACGAAAACCAUCCGAAGACUAUCGAUUUGACAACAAGGACUUUGACAAAUGACAACAAUGACGUUUCGCCUCUUAAAUUAGACAUACCAAUGUCAAACGAAGAAGAAGAAGAAGCAGAUAAUGAAGAUAGAGUGAUCAAGCAAAUGCCAAGAGGUUUUGAAAAGCCUUCAAAAGAUGAUGGUGAUAAUGCAGAAACCUACAUUUUAGAUGAGGACUACUCCUACGAAAAUAAAUUAAUGGAUUCCCCCAAUAAACGUGCCCUUGGCAAACCAAAGUUCACCAUGACGGAGAAACUCAUUUCCACGUCAAACGUCAAAUCGAGACACAGAUCGGUAAGAAGUUUACCCACACCCCCGGCAGAUGUCGCUAGAGCCAUCCAUAACAAAAUAAUAGACUACUAUAGUCGAAAGUUUCUGAACGACGCUGUAAGGGCGCACGCGAAUCUGCCCAGUCAUCUCGUAAAAAAACCUUAUUUUGUUAAACAGGAGGUCAACAUACCGGAAGUCCACAGCCGAGUCUUGCACAACAUCCAGAAACAAUUCGAGAAAAAUGCCAAAGCAAAUAAAGCGGCCGCCGUAUCUAAUGAUCAUCCUAGGCUAGAAGGCCAUGGAAUUUAUAAUAAUUUUGACAAGUUGACUAAUGAUAAUCAAAGAAUUUUGGAAGAAAAUGAACAAGAAGAACCAGAAAAUGUCGAUACAGAAGAACAAGAUGAUAUUUCUAACGAAAAAGAAGAAGAAAAGGGUACUAUUCAUCCAGAAAAUGUUGACAAAGAAGAAGACGAUGAUGAAAAAAUUAAAGUAGGCAAUGAAAGUGUAGUUGGUCAAGAGGAUGAAACAAUAAUUGAAGAAGAAGCAGAAAUUGAAAAUGUAAAUGAUAAGGAACCAAUUGAAGAAAACAUUGAACCUGCUGAAGAAGAAGAUGAAAACACUGAACCUGUUGAAGAAAAAGAAAAUUUUGAAAGUAAAAAAUUAAACAAUUUAAUUAUUGAAGCACAACGCGCCUCAGAAGCUGUCAAUAAAGAAGAAGAAGAAGAAGACAAAAAUGAAGAAAACGAUGAAAACGAAACACCAAAUAAAUUAAUUCAAAAACAGCUCGACACUGUAGAAAACAAAGACAUUGAAAAGGAAGAUCCUACAAAUGAAACGCCGAAGGCAAUCGAAGUUGAAAAUCAAGAACCCACUGAAAAAGAGACAGACGAAGAUGAGGAAAAUGAUGAAAGUGAAGAAGAUAUAAAAAAUGAAAAUGUAAAAAAUAAUGAAAAUGACACGCCAAACAAUAGACAAUUAGACAAAAUCGAAAACACAAAAAAUGCUGAAAAAACUGUUGAACACACCAAAGAUGCUAAUACUUGUGAAGAAGAAGAAGCACAAGAAGAAGAAGAUGGUGAAGCAGAAGAAGAAGAUGAAAGUGAAGUAGAAGACAAAGAUGAAGAUGAAGUAGAAGACAAAAAACAUCUAGAAAAACAGAUCCCUAAUGUGCAAGAAGCAAACGAAAAGGCCUUAAAACAGUACAAAGACGAACACUUUGAAUUAGACGAUAUCAACGGUUUAUCUGUACCAAUAGGAGUCAAGGACACCAAUCAUUAUAAGCAAAUCCUCGAAAACUUCGACAAGCCUUUCGACGAUCAUUUCGAAUUUUUCAAGAACAAUCGUAUCGAAUUCGAAUCACCAUAUAACCAAAAAGAUGAUGAUGAAGCAAUUGAUAAUAAAAGAGUCAUUAAUGAGGAUGAUGAGAAAUUUAGUAAAGAUACUGAAAAAUCCAACGAAAAAGGAGCUAGAGAAACUAGUGAAAAAUCCAAAGAGAAGCAAGUUGAGGAUGAUGGUGAAGACGAAACAGUUGAAACUGAUGAAGAAACUAUUGAAGCUGAUGACGAAGAAACGAAAAAUGAAGAACGCAAAAAAGUUCCCCUUCACUAUCCGCACGAAGAAAAACAACAGCAAAUCUACAAAGAUUUUCGCCAUCAAAAAUUGGCCACCCAAGACUCGAAUCGGCUCGAAACUAUUGCACAUUUACCCGGGCAAUUACAUUCGGGCGGUUUCGGCGAUGGUAAACCCUUAAAAUUGCAACCGAUACCUUUCGAUUUUGAUUAUGACGUCAGUCAAACACAAACAAAACCGAUAAUUGACAGAGGAAAUUCUAAACAUUUGACAAGGCCUACUACAAUUAUUGACAGAGUAGAUUCUAGAAGUUUAGAGCAAUUGUUGAACAUUAAUCCAGUUAACAGAGUGAAACGUGAAACAAUGAAAUUGAUGCCUAAUACUAGGAAAUAUAAACGUCAAACGAUAAAGUGGACGUAUAAACCGGACAGGUACGAUCCAAGUAUGGCGGAUUUUGAAAUGCCAGAGCCUACUAAGUAUGAGCCGGUUAAAAUUGAAAAAAUUAGAGAAGAGCCGUUAGGUCCGAGAGCGCUUAUAACUGAGAGCGAAAGCGGCCGUAAGAAAACCUUCGUCAAAGUCAACAGGAAAACAAUGAAAACAUUCUAGUGACGUCAUAAUAGCCCUAUUUAUGUGCCUGUUUGAUAUUUAAAUCACCUUGUAGGUAGAGGUUGAUUGCUACGAUAUUUAUUAUUGCCAAAGCGUGUAAUUUUGAUUUUUUUUCUGUCCUAGUUGUGUAAUAUGAAACGAAAUUAUACAGCACUGACUAAUUUAUUAUAUGUUUCUUGUUGUUUUAAAAUAAAAAAAUAUUGUUGUACGAGAGUUUUUUUUAUUUCGAAAGGGGGUGAAAUGCAAUAUGCAAAUUCCAUUUUUAACGAAUCAAUUUCCCUUUCAAAUAAAAUCAAUUAUUGCCCGGAGUCACGUAGCCAAAAUGAAAUGAAUUAGGCAAUAUAGGGCUGGUGGUGAAUUAAUAAGAGCUUUCACGGGCGAAUUGAUGAUUUAUUUUUAGGCUCAUUGAUAAUCCAGACUCGUCUUUCUUGAGGAAAUGAUCCGUAUAAAUAAAAAUAAAAGAAAGUUCCGG